GGAUUAUUUGAAGGCUUGAAAGCAUACAGGAAACAAGAUGGUUCUAUUCUACUUUUUCGUCCCGAGGAGAAUGCAUUGCGGAUGAGGAUGGGUGCAGAGAGGAUGUGCAUGGAAUCACCAACUGCUGAACAGUUUCUGGAAGCCAUUAAGCUCACGGUGUUGGCAAAUAAACGUUGGGUUCCUCCUACAGGUAAAGGCUCCUUAUAUAUCAGGCCACUGCUUAUUGGAAGUGGAGCUGUUCUUGGUCUUGCACCUGCCCCUGAGUACACUUUUCUGAUUUUUGUUUCUCCUGUUGGGAACUAUUUCAAGGAGGGACUAGCACCAAUUCAUUUGAUUGUUGAGAAUGAAUUCCAUCGUGCAACUCCUGGUGGAACUGGAGGUGUAAAGACUAUAGGAAACUAUGCUGCGGUUCUGAAAGCACAAAGUCUAGCAAAAGCCAAAGGCUAUUCAGACGUCUUGUACCUUGAUUCUGUCCAUAAAAGAUAUCUGGAGGAGGUUUCCUCUUGUAAUGUUUUCAUUGUGAAGGAUUCAGUUAUCUCCACUCCAGCAAUAGAAGGGACAAUUUUGCCUGGUGUUACCCGGAAGAGUAUAAUUGAUGUUGCUCGAAGCCAAGGAUUCAAGGUUGAGGAGCGGCUUGUAACAGUGGAGGAGUUGCUUGAGGCUGAUGAAGUUUUCUGUACAGGAACAGCAGUGGUUGUGUCACCUGUGGGAAGCGUAACAUACCUUGGUAAAAGUGUGUCCUUUGUAGAUAGAGAAGUUGGUGUUGUGUCACAGCAACUAUAUGCAACACUUACGAGUCUACAGAUGGGUCUUUCAGAGGACAAAAUGGGUUGGACUGUUGAGUUGAAGUAGGUAGUACAGAAUUAACCUGUUAAUUUAUUUGCAUUUUACAUGUGUGAAAACCUCUGUGUUACUAUGGAGGUGAACAAUGUUCAGUUUUUAUUAUUUCCUUGAUAAUCUUGGACUUAAAAGUUCAAUAUUCAAUAGCUUUGAUUUCAUUUCA